GAGGUGUGACAGUCAUGGGGGACUCGUUCUUCAAUUGCUGUUAUCUCCCACCCCAACCCCCAGGCGAGGAGGAGCCCCCCGGCUCCCGAACCCGCCACGAGAGCACGAUGGCCUCUCGCAUAUCCCCGGACAAGCGCUUCGUCAUCUUCUUUGACUUUGACGAGACCAUUGUGGACGAGACCAGCGACGACAUGGUGGUGCAGACGGCACCCAACCAGCAUCUGCCCACCUGGCUGAAGGCCACGUACCAACCGGGCCGCUACAACGAGUAUAUGCAACGGGUCCUGGCCUAUCUGUCCGAGCAGGGCGUCACAGAGAGCGACAUCCGAGGUGUCAUGGAGAAGCUACCGGCCACCCCGGGCAUGCUGGGGUUGCUCCAGUUCCUGCGCAACCGACCACCAAACGACUUCGAGGUGGUCCUGGUGUCGGACGCCAACACCUUCUUCAUCGAGUCCUGGCUGAGACGAGCCGGCGCCCGGUCCCUGUUCCAUCGCAUCUUCUCCAACCCGGCCACCUUCAACAGGGAUGGCCGUCUGGUGCUGAGGCCCUUCCACGCCCACGAGUGUCCACGUUGCCCCGAGAACAUGUGCAAGCAGGCGGUGGUCCGGGACUACGUCACACGUCGGACCCAGGAAAGGGGGCGCCCCUACCAGAGGGUCUUCUACGUGGGCGACGGCGCCAACGACUUCUGCCCGGCUCUCGCCAUGGGGCCCCGGGACGUGGCCUUCCCGCGGAGAGACUUCCCCAUGCACCGCCUCAUCACCGAGACCCACGAGGCCAUGCCGGGGGAGUUCAAAGCGGUUACGGUGCCCUGGACCUCCGCCGAGGAGGUGGUCCAACGCCUCAGGAAGCUGGUGGCCGAGUAAGGGGGGGGGUCGGGUCGGCUUGUUAACCCGGAUGGGCAUCGUAAUCGAUUAAUUCAUCGUUAACAAUUCAGCCAAGCAUGUGGAAUUGAUUGUUGGAGUGCACUACUUGGGUGCAAUCAUAAGAGGUGCUAUUGAGUCAGUUGCAACUCGUUUGCCUUCCAAAGAAGAAGAAGAAGAACGUGAUGCCGGCUAUUUCAAGUUGGAAACAUGAUACAUCGAUAAUUGUCCAAAUUAAUCCAUCAAAGAAAUUUACCUGAAUGUCCAUCCCUAAUAAAUAUAAAUUUACUUGUCAUUGAAAAACUGAGGAGAAAACAAUAAAAAUUAGCAUUAACAAUCAAAUUUUCGACAAACUGCCCCACAUAAGGUUGUACUCGAAUGCCCAGCCCUAAUAAAUAUACAUACAGUAAGUACUUAUGCAAAGUGCAUUUCAGUGCACAUUACUGGAAAACUGUAUAAAAAGGAAAAACUACCAUUAAAAAAAAAUGUAGAAAUUACAUUUAGCAUUUAAUAUUCAUGAAUUCUUUUUUAAUUUUUUUUUUUUUAAACCAAUUGCAUAAGGAAGUACUUGAAUUCCCUUCCGUACUAAAUGUACAUACAAUAAGUAGUUGUGCAAAGUGCAUUUCAGAAGACAUUAUUGGAAAUCUGGAGAGAAAUUAUUUAAAAAAUAAAAAUAAUUAAGCAGCAAUAAAAAUCUAAAUAAAAUGUAAUUUAAUAUUUAUAAAUUAUUUUUCACCACAUAAUGAUGGAAUUGAAUGCCCACCCCUAUUAAAAAGAUUUUAGUACUUGUGCCAAGUGUAUUUUACAGUGCAUUAUUGGAAAAUUGAGGAGAAAACAAUGAAUAAAAUAUUUAAAAUGUAAAUAAACACUUUUACGUCUGCAAUGAGCACAACUACAUCUGUAAAAGUGAAAUAAAAGACAGCACGUAAACAAUCAAGACGUUUAAUAUUUAUAAAUGAUUUGUCACCAUUUGACACAUUAGAAAUGAAGACCUGUACUAUUUGUAUGUUAAUCAUUUGGCCCACAGUGGCAGAAACAACAUUGAAGGCAAUGAUAUCAUUGUGUUGGCUCAUAGAAGUCAUUUCUCUGUGUUCAGCAAGCAUGUUCCUCUUUAUUUGGCCUUAAUGGGACGGGGGGCAUAUAAGACCUUCCACUCCAUAACAAAUAUAAUGCUCUUCAAAUCAUGUUAUCUGAUAGCAAUACCUGUUCAAUGUUUGUCAUGUGUCUUUUCUGCACUUUUCCAUUCAUGUUCUAUUCUAAUCUGAGUUAAAGUACUCAUCCUGUGGUGAAGGAUGUCUACACUGUCACAGUAUUAUUUUACCAAGGUGCUUCUUUCAAAAUAUUUUAUAAAUGUACUGUAUAUGCGUCUUAAGUCUUUUGUGUCAUUUACUCUGUAGGCCAAGGCCUACUGGAGGAAUUUGUUACCAAUAGCAAAACGGGAAUAAAGCCAUCAACUGAA